UUCCCGGAAAGUUUCCUUCCCAUGGCUUUUGAGCAGUAUGUGUAGUGUUAAAGUUUUCCCUCAGUUGAUUCAUUUCAGUACCGCGGACAGCGACUUUAGUUUUUGGUACAUUAAUGGUACAUGAAUACAGUUGUUUCAACAGUUUUCACGUUUUUUUAUCUUUCUGUCUUUCUUUGUUGUUUCUCUUAUGAACACUAUUUCUAUUUAUUUUUCAAUGCGGUUAUAUUUUUUUCCUUUUAUCUCUCUGUCCUUCCCUCUGUACAUGCGAAUUGCGUAUGUGUGUUGGUCCUGCAUACUCAAGGAGUAUCUGAUGAAUGCAUGGUCUGUGGCUGAGUGGAUUUAAAAUUUAAAUAUCCUCUCGUAUGGUACUCUAUGUUAAAGAAGAAUACAUUUAUUACAUGUCUGACGGCAAUUCUUAGAAAAUUUCUAUCUUACAGUGGCGUUAUAAGAACCUUUCCACAUGUUUCCUUUCGAGGUUUCAUAGUUGAAAUUUACUUGAUGCUCUGCAGUUUUGUUACAUGGACUCUUAGGGACGCUGUUGACCAUAGUGUUGAGGACUGAGACCAUAUUAACAACAGCACCUCCCAUAAAACGUCGACAUAAGACAGAGAGAACACAGCGGACAAAUAUCGGGCAAUUCUGUUCGAGGAGGAUUACUGACAAGGAAGAUUUCAUUAACAAAACGUCUUACAGUGAUCUUCUCGUGUAGCUUUUGAUUUCCCCUUUACAUUGGAAUAUAAAUGCUUUACAUUUAUGGGAUAUAUGGAGACUGAAUCUCACUUACGGAGAACAUCGGAUGGAACAAUGAAUCGGGAAAUACUGCUGUUGAUGUCGCUCCUUUUCCUCGACUCGGUGUUCGCGCAGGUCAGCUACUCUGUUCCGGAGGAGAUGGUUAAGGGAUCCUUAGUUGGAAAUAUAGCACAGGAUUUAGGUUUGGAAACUAAACGUUUGGUAACAGGCAAGGCCAGGAUUUAUACUAGGAACAGCGACGAGUACAUCGAGCUGAACAGAGAAAGAGGAGUCCUGCUCGUUAAGGAGCGAAUCGACCGAGAGGCGCUGUGUACAGAGACGACGCUUUGUGCUUUACAUUUUCAGAUUAUUUUGGAGAAUCCUAUGGAGUUUUACACCGUUACAGUCCAGAUCACUGAUAUUAACGAUAAUGCACCAACCUUUGAAAAAGGUGAAGUGGAUUUCAGAAUCAGCGAAUCGGCCGCGAUCGGUGCAAAAUUUGUCCUAGAAAGGGCGGAGGAUCUUGAUGUUGGGAUAAAUGGCGUUCAAAGCUACGAAUUAAAACCCUCAGGUAAUUUUGCUCUCAAGCUGCACAAUAAUGUAGAUGGAAAUAAAAACGUUGAGAUGGUGUUACAGAAGGCUUUAGACAGAGAGAAAGAGGAACAGAUAUCUCUUGUUUUAACUGCUGUAGAUGGAGGAGAGCCGCAGAUGUCAGGAACAAUGCUGAUUGUCAUUACAGUGUUAGAUGUUAAUGAUAAUGCUCCAGUUUUUACACAGCAAACCUAUAAAGCUACAGUUACUGAGAAUUCACCCAGAGGGACAGUCGUUGCUAGUGUUACAGCAUCUGAUGCAGAUCAAGGAUCAAACAGUAAGAUAACCUAUUCAAUUACAAAUACACUGGGAAAUGUCAGAAAAAUAUUUGAGAUAAGCAAGGAAACCGGUGAAGUUACUUUAAUUGGAAACAUUGACUUUGAGAAAUCUAAGCAUUUUCAAAUAAAUCUACGUGCAAGUGACGUUGGAGGACUCACUGACUCUUGCAAAUUAAUUGUUGAUGUGCAAGAUGUAAAUGACAACAAACCUGAAAUUAAUAUAAUGUCAAAGUCAACGAUGAUAUCAGAGGAUGCUGAACUUAACACAGUGGUUACUAUGAUAAAUAUUGAGGAUUUGGAUUCAGGAGACAACGGAAAUGUAAGAUGCUUUACCAGUGUAAAUUUACCAUUUAUGUUAAAAACAUCAACAAAUAAUUUCUAUAGUUUAGUGACAGACAGUGAUUUAGACAGAGAGAGAGCCUCCGAAUAUAAUAUCACAGUGACCUGCUCUGAUGAGGGAGUGCCCUCCCUCUCCAGCAGCGUCACUCUCACCUUACAGAUCUCAGAUGUGAAUGACAACGCACCUGUCUUUGAGAGGAGCUCAUAUGAGGCCUACAUUGUAGAAAACAACACACCAGGAUUCUCUAUAUUCACAGUGAAAGCCAGGGACACAGACUGGAACCAGAAUGCCCGUGUUUCUUACAUACUGGAGGACUCCUCUGUUAAUGGAGUGCCAGUCUCCUCAUAUGUGUCCGUUAGUGCUGAUAGUGGAGUCAUCCACGCAGUGCGCUCUUUUGACUAUGAGCAGAUCAAAGAUUUCCAGUUCCACGUUAAAGCUCAGGAUGGAGGCUCUCCUCCCCUCAGUAGCAACGUGACAGUGAAAAUAAUGAUCCAGGACCAGAAUGACAACCCUCCUCAGGUUCUGUAUCCAGUCCAGACUGGUGGCUCUCUGGUGGCUGAGAUGGUUCCUCGUUCAGCAGAUGUGGGCUAUCUGGUGACUAAAGUGGUGGCUGUUGAUGUGGACUCUGGACAGAAUGCCUGGCUCUCCUAUAAACUACAGAAAGCCUCAGACAGGGCGCUGUUUGAAGUGGGCUUACAGAAUGGAGAAAUCAGAACUAUCCGCCAAGUGACUGAUAAAGAUGCUGUGAAACAAAGACUGACUGUUAUAGUGGAGGACAACGGGCAGCCCUCUCGUUCAGCUACAGUCAUUCUUAACGUGGCGGUGGCGGACAGCUUCCCUGAAGUGCUGUCGGAGUUCACUGACUUUCCACACGACAAGGAGUACAAUGACAACCUGACUUUUUACUUAGUGUUGGCUCUGGCUGUAGUUUCCUUCCUCUUCAUCACGUGUUUAGUGGUUAUCAUAUCAGUGAAGAUCUACAGGUGGAGGCAGUCUCGCAUCCUGUAUCACUCCAACCUCCCUGUGAUUCCAUAUUAUCCACCACGUUACUCAGACACUUUGGGGACAGGGACUCUCCAACACGUGUACAAUUACGAGGUGUGCAGGACGACUGACUCCAGAAAGAGUGACUGUAAGUUCGGCAGAGCUGGUAGUCAGAACGUGUUGAUAAUGGACCCCAGUUCAACAGGGACGAUGCAGCGGAUACAGACUGAGAAGAGCAUCCUGGAUGAACCAGACUCUCCUCUAGAGGUUAGACUUUCUUAA